AGAUAACUCAGUUACUAAUUCUCAUUCUGAUCUGACAGCAGAAAGUAACACCUAUCCCCCAAGUCAAUCAGGCCAAAUCCCUAAGAAAAAAAUAUUACCACCAAAACCAACAGUAAAAUCAAAUUGCGACAAAAUGAAAAAUAAAAUUGUACACCAACUCUUCAAAAUGGAUAAGGAUAAAAUACAUAAACUAAUGGACAAUCCAAACUCAUCAACAAAGUUUGAGUAUGCCAUUAGUAGUUUGAUCACAGAGUCUCAGAACAGUCUUAAUCGCCAUCUGAGAUCUAUAGCAGAGAAAUCAUUGUGCAGCUCUAGUGAGGACUUCAUAAAUAAUGACAAUAAUACUAUCUAUGAGGAUACAUUUAUGAAACAAAUGCAAUGUAUAUUAGACCCUCAAGAUACUAUUUUACUUGAAGACAUAAAACCACUUGUAAUGGCAGAGCUCACUAAAGUCUUGCAACUUGAUGAAGUUGAUCAAACACAAACUGUAACUGAAAUUGAAAGGCCAGAUUUACAUAAUCUUUCAAAUGAGCACACUGACUAUGCAUAUCCUGAAUCUUAUAAUUAUGAAGAUUAUCCUCAAGAUAUUUAUUGUGACAUUAAAGACUAUAUUCCAAAUGAAUUUUCCGAAAAUGCUUCCAAUACUGAAACAAAUAGCAGCUAUGAUUUAUCAAGCUCAUACCAACAAGAUAUAAAACCAUUAUUUGAAAGGAGACCAGCAAAAAGAAUUGAUUAUGAACAAGAAAGAAAAAAAAGCUCUGAAAGCAGGAACUCGGGAAGAAAUCUUGAUAUUAAACCGGUUAUUGAUGAACACAGUACAUAUAAUUUAAAUCAAGAACCAACUGACCUAUUUGAUGUUCAUUGUGAGCAAUUGUCUGAAGAUGACGAUCCUUUUGCUGAACUUGAUAAACAGUACCAUGUACCUGUUGAUCAUAAUUUUAUUGAACAUGAUGAGAUUGCAAACAUACAAUCAUCAGUUUACAACAAUAAAUUAUUACAUACGGAAAAUGAAAGUGCUAAUGCAACUAGCACACUUGAUACAUUAGACGAAAGUUUUGCUAGUUUACAUGGUGAGCAUCAUGACACAACUCCACCAUCAAUAACAAAAGAGGAACAGGAAAACAAAAGUACUGCAAUUUCUGCCAAACCAAAUGAUGUACCCAAUUUAAUCGAAACUAUUGAUAUUAAAACAGAUAAUCUACCCAAGACUAAAAGUUUAGAUAAAAAAGAACCUGAUAAAUCAACUUCUACUAAUAUUAUAAAGUCGUCUUCAAACUCUCGUAAAAGGUCGAUAGACCAACGACCCUCUCAUCGAAAAGAAAAACGUAAAAAAAGUCAGUCAAGUCCAUCAGAUCAUAAUAAAAAUAUUUCCAACAAAGUCAUAAAUGAACAAACACCUAAGAACACUGAAUCAUGUGAAGGGAGCACGAAAACUGUAUUAUGUUUAUUUUCGCAACAAAAUGCAAACUGUAAGGAGCCUCUAAAAGACAAUAAAAAGGUCAAAAUCAGUAGACAAAGGAUACUCAGACAAAUAUGUUAAAAGGAAAGAGUCUCGAAAGAAAUCAGUAGACACUAAAACACCUAAAAAACGCACUACCAGUACAUCUGGUCAUUCUUCUAUAAGUCCCAAAGAAAAUACAAGUAGUAGUGGGCAAAUCUCCACACAACAAGAAGCAAAAGCUAAGCUUCAGACUAUAGAUAUAUUUACCACAAAACCAAAAAAGAUAAACUUUCAUCAAGCUCAUAGAAAUACAGCUUUAGUUCCCAGUCCAGUAAAAGGUAUUGAAAAAGACAAACCAAAA